AUGAAGUCUUCAACUGUUUGGAGCGAGUAUUCGAAGCUGAAAUGCAUGAUAUACAAGGAACGACGCGUCGAUAUCAGCAAAUUUCAUGGACUCAUUGCAUUUCUGAAACGAAACGGUGUCGGCCAUGUUGCGAAAAAAUCGAGCAUUUUGACGGGCGACGAUUUCAACAAGUUCAUCAUGGAGGCAGAUGACGAUAAAUUUUUAAUGAUGAAGGCGGCAUUAAUUAUCGGUAUCGGUGGAGGAUGUCGUCGGGCUGAAUUGGCAAAAAUGUCGGUGAAAGAUGUUGUUGAUCGCGGUGACUACUUGCAUGUUUACAUCGGGGACACAAAAAACUACGAUCCAAGAGAUUUCGCUAUCACAGAAGGCGGUUUGAGAUACAAUUUAUUGGGCAUCGUGCGAAAAUACAUGUUGUUACGAAAGUCACAUACGCCUCAUGAUCGAUUCUUUGUGUGUUACCGGAAUGGGCAGUGUACAACUCAGGCAGUUGGCAUCAAUACCGUUGGGGCGAUACCCAAACGAAUUGCUACGUUUUGCGGUUUAGAUGCACCAGCUUUGUACACAGGACAUUGUUUUCGACGGAGUUCAGCUACAUUGUUGGCUGAUGCUGGUGCGGAUCUUUAUGUCAUUAAACGACAGUUUGCUCCCAAAGAAAUUAAUCUCAACAUCACCGGUUUAAGUGACGGUAUUUCUGCUGCGCUCAUCGAAAAUAUUGAUCGAGAGGAUGCACAUGGUGCUAGUUUCGCUUCAAAACAAAUUCGGAUGAUCGGAACUGCAUCCGAUUCCGAUACGACCGGCAAUACCAGCCGUACAAUGUCACAAUCAAUUACAAUAAUUGAGGGCGCAUCUGCUGGUGCAGAUUCUUCGGAUGCUCCUGAAACGCCUGUCCUUCCAAAUUUUACAAAAUCUGAAUUCAACAAUUGUACAUUCAAUUUUUAUCGUACGUUUCACGGCAAGCCUUUUUAA